GCCUUGCCGACGUCGGCUCGACCCGAGCCCAUGAGGCGGCAGCAAAUGGACCCAAGGCGAUGUCAGCUGCCCCGAUCGCAAAGAGACCUGAACUCUUUCCUCUGGACAAUCCGGAGAGAUCCCCCUGCCUACUUAUUUGGCACCAUCCAUGUGCCUUACACACGGGUGUGGGAUUUUGUUCCUGAGAACUCCAAAGCUGCUUUCCAAGCCAGUUCCAGUGUGUAUUUUGAGUUGGAUCUCACAAACCCUUCCACUAUCUCAGGCCUGGCCAACUGUCAGUUGCUUCCUCGUGGAGAGAAUUUACAAGAUGUGCUUCCCCGGGAUCUUUACCAUCGCCUCAAACGCCAUCUUGACUAUGUCAGGUUGAUGCUGCCUCACUGGAUGACUCCGGAUCAAAGGGGCAAAGGCCUUUACGCUGAUUACCUUUUCAAUGCCAUUGCUGGAAAUUGGGAACGCAAGAGGCCUGUCUGGGUAAUGCUGAUGGUCAAUUCCUUGACUGAGACGGACGUCCGUUCACGGGGAGUGCCGGUGUUGGACCUCCACCUGGCUCAAGAGGCCGAAAGGAUGAAGAAAGGCACGGGAGCUGUGGAGAAAGUAGAAGAGCAAUGCCACCCUCUGAAUGGGCUGAACUUCUCCCAGGUAAGGGGGAUCUAAGAUCUUUUAAUUUUCCAGAGAGUGUCUUCUCUUUAAAAAGAACUGGCAUUAGUUUGGGACAGGCAGAAACUGCCGAAUGAAUUAAUGCCAGAUGCUAAUGUAUCCUAUGUUUAUAUUCUUCAAUGAACUUUCGUGAAAUUCUUCUAUGAAAUGUAGAUUUAUGGGAACACAGAUAAUUGGUUUUCCUCUUUAGAUAAUGUGAUAACUGCAAUAAAGUUACAACACGGAAUCCUAGUGCCAGGACAGGAGGUUAAUACUGAAUAUCUGCACAACGUAGGAAUAAGAUUUAAAGCCGCCUUGGCACCCUGCCUUUUCUAAACAAGAAAGUUUAGGAUGUGUGUUUAGGAUAGAAUUACCAUGUGAUUUCUUCCAUAAUUUGCAUUAUGGUUAAAUAUGAAAACUGAUUUUUGAAGAUAACCUUGAGGAGCAUCUGGAAGUCGGGUAUGGUGGGAAAAACA